GUUUACUUCCGUGUGAAAUUUAUGAAUGACUCCAACUUCCCUGAGAACAUUGCGAACUAGUGCCAACUGCUUCUCGGUGGAGUUUUUUAUCUGACAACCGCUGCUACCACCAAGUUAGCGCUAAUGGAUUACACGGCAACUCAAAGUGGGUUCAGACAGCGUAAGUUACAGCCUAAUAUGCGUCUGAGGAACAGUUCCCUGGAUGGUUCAGAUGGCAGCCAGCUGUUUGAGGAUACAAGUGGAGCUGGGUCUGGAUCACAGUCAGGCUACAGGAACCAGCAGGGCGGGCCUCAAGCAGCAGGCUUUCCUGGCCAGUCCCUCCUGACAGACCCCAUGUCUAACUUGGCCAUGGCGUAUGGCAGCUCGUUGGCAUCCCAGGGGAGGGAAAUGGUGGACAAGAAUCUGGACAGGUUCAUCCCUAUUUCUAAGCUUAAAUACUACUUUGCUGUGGACACAGUGUACGUGGGGAAGAAGCUGGGCCUUCUGGUUUUCCCUUACAUGCACCAGAACUGGGAGGUGAGCUACCAGCAGGACACUCCUGUGGCUCCACGCUUUGAUGUGAACGCUCCUGAUCUUUACAUUCCUACCAUGGGCUUCAUCACAUAUGUCCUUGUGGCUGGACUGGCCCUCGGUACACAGAACAGGUUUUCCCCAGAGCUGCUGGGAGUUCAGGCCAGCUCAGCAUUGGUGUGGUUAAUAAUGGAGGUCCUGGCAGUCCUGCUGUCGCUCUACCUUGUGACCGUAAACACCGACCUCACGACCAUAGACCUGCUGGCCUUUUCUGGCUACAAAUAUGUAGGGAUGAUUGUGGGUGUAGUAGCAGGCCUGAUGUUUGGGAAACCAGCAUAUUAUCUCUCUCUACUGUGGUGCUGUGCUGCCAUCUUUGUCUUUAUGAUCCGCACUCUCCGUCUGAAGCUGUUAUCUGAGGCGGCAGCGGAGGGGAGGCUGGUGAGAGGAGCCAGAAAUCAGCUGAGGAUGUACCUCACCAUGUCUAUAGCAGCGGCACAGCCCAUCUUCAUGUACUGGCUCACCUAUCACCUCAUCAGAUAAAACUCCAAACACACAUACUCGUGAACUUGGCUAUCCGAAUGCUAUCUCACCCUU